AACAGUACAAUGUCUAUUUGGUAGUGUCAGAUUAGCACGAGGCCCUGGACUGGUUGUAUUUCACAUCUCCGCUGCUUAAACCCUAAAAAAAACUCAGCAGCAGCAGCAGAAGCGGCCCCUAUUCACACCCAUACCUUAAAACAUUGUGUGUGUUGGGUAGCAAUGAAUGGAGUCAAUUACUGAAGCUCUACUUUUGUAUUUGUAUGCUCACGCCAUGUUAAUUUUUGUUCGCGGCCUAUUCAGAAAGUCUCAGCGCCGUGUAAGCCAUUUGUUAGCUUCUCCUACUUUAUCAUCUACUACUACUACUCCCUUCAUUCCAUUCCCGCAAAACUUGUUCUUCUUUGUCAACAGUUUCCUUUGCUUAUUCAGAUACUCAUUUUCCACAAAUAAUACUUCUACUUUUAAUGCCGACUCUAUAGAAAAUAUCAUACGGGAAGAGAAAUGGGAUGAUUUUAGGAUUGUGAGACUCUUUGACUCUGCUUUAGCUCCUAUUUGGAUCCCCAAAAUCCUUUUGGCACUGAAACAAGAACCAAGGUUAGUUUUGAAGUUUUUCAAGUGGGCCAAAACGCAGACUGCUUUUGUUCAUACUGCGGAGAGUUAUUGUAUUGUAGCUCACAUUUUGUUCUGUUCUAGAAUGUAUAGUGAUACACUUGAUGUUCUAAAAGAGCUGGUUACUUUGAGUGAUGCUAAAAAGGUGUUGCCUUGUUCCCAUGUACUUGAUGUUCUUUGGUCAACGAGGAACACUUGUGUGCCGGGGUAUGGGGUGUUUGAUGCAUUAUUUAGUGUUCUAAUUGAGUUAGGGUUGCUUAAGGAGGCUAGUGACUGCUUUUCAAGGAUGACAAGUUUUAGAGUUCUUCCCAAAGCGCGGUCUUGUAAUUAUCUUUUGCACAGACUCUCAAUGUUAGGCCAUAAAAGCUCAUGCUUGAAGUUCUUCGAGGAUAUGAUUGAGUCUGGAAUUAUUCCAACAGUGUACACCUACAAUAUAAUGAUUGGCUAUUUAUGUAAGGAUGGGGACUUGAAUGCUGCAAAAAGGUUAUUCACUCAGAUGAAGGAUAUUGGCAUUGAUCCAGAUAUAAUUACAUACAAUUCUCUCAUUGAUGGAAUUGGUAAGCAUGGGGAACUAGACGAUAUGGUUUCUCUAUAUGAAGAAAUGAAGAAAGUUGGAUGUUUUCCUGAUGUAGUAACAUAUAAUACACUGAUCAAUUGUUUUUGUCGAUCUGGAAGGAUGGUAUUAGCAUUUAAGUAUCUGCAUGAGAUGAAGAAAAGUGGCUUGAAGCCCAAUGUUGUUACUUAUAGCAUAUUUAUCGAUGUUUUUGCCAAAGAAGGGAUGUUACAAGGAGCUAUCAAGUUCUUUGUUGACAUGAGGCGGGUUGGUCUUGCUCCUAAUGAAUUUACUUAUACUUCGUUGAUUGAUGCACAUUUUAAAGCUGGUAAAGUUGAUGAAGCUUUGAAACUUGUUAAAGAGAUGCUAGAGGUAGGAGUUAAGUUAAAUGUUGUGACCUACACGACAUUGGUUGACGGUUUUUGUAAAGAAGGGAAAAUCAAGAAAGCUGAAGAAGUUUUUAUGGUCAUGCUGAAGGAUGGGAUUAUCCCAAAUUUAGAAGUCUAUACUGCUCUCAUCCUUGGGUAUAUCAAAUCAAAAAGGCUAGUGGAUGCUAUGAAAAUUUUGGAGCAAAUGAAAGAAAAUAAUAUCAGACCAGACACAUUACUCUAUGGAAUAGUUUUAUGGAGUUUCUGCUCUGAUGAGAAGUUUGAAGAAGCCAAGGUUUUAUUUGAUAAAAUAAAGGGACUUGGAAUAGAAGCAAACUAUGUCAUAUACACAAUACUUGCUGAUGCUUACUUUAAGGCUGGAAAACCCAUAGAAGCACAGACUCUGCUAAACGAAAUGCAGGAAAGAGAUAUUUCCCCUACUAUUGUGACGUAUUCUGCAUUAAUUGAUGGCUUGUGUCGGUUGGGAUUUGUCCACGAAGCAAUGGACCAUUUCCAUUCAAUGCCAAAAAUGGGUUUGCAUCCUAAUAUUGUGGUCUAUACAGCUCUUAUUCAUUGCUUCUGUAGAAAUAAAUGUCUAGAGGCGGCAGAAAAGCUGUUUGAUGAAAUGCUUGGCAAAGGUAUACUUCCAGAUAAAAUAGUUUAUACAUCCUUGAUUGAUGGAAACCUAAAGCAGGGAAAUAUUCAAGAUGCUUUAGAUUUGCGAAGGAGAAUGACCGAAAGUGGUUUGGAGCUUGACCUUCAUGCCUACACUGCUUUGAUUUGUGGGCUUUCGGAAAAUGGCCAGGUGCCUCAGGCAAGAAUUUUUUUUGAUGAGAUGAUUGACAAGGGCGUUAAACCUGAUAAGGUUGUAUAUUCAUGUCUUAUAAGAAAAUAUCAAGAGAUCGGUAAUCUAGAAGAAGUUCUUGCGUUGCAAAAUGAAAUGAUGAAAAGAGGACUGGCGUCGGUUACAAGUAGUCAACUAUGCAGUUCAUAAUAUGCAAACCUGAGAAAUAGUAUUUUUCUUCUCUGGUUCUAUCAUUGAAGAGGUUGGAUUAUACUGUGUCUUUUCUCAUAUCCGAUUCAACCCCAUCUCAAUACUGAGGUGAUACCAUUCAUUAUUGUGCUGAGAGAAUUAUCGGCUUGUCCCCUGGGUUUGAUCCUCCCGGGAAACAGAGGAAAGGCGGUAACAACAACAUACCCAGUAUAUUCCCAUACUUGGGGUCUGGGGGUAGUGUGUACGCAGACCUUACCCCUACCUAGUACCUAGUGAAGGUAGAGACUUUGUUUCCAAUAGAAAGGCGGUAAGUUGUCUCACAAUUGGUGCUUAACAUUGGGUUGGAAAUGUUGCAUUUGGGUUUGAUGUCUUCUUAUUGAAAAGAAAAGGUAUACAGAUUAUGCUAAAUAUCAAAAGAAAAAGACUAAAUUGAUUAAUACAAAUCCCACGAAACAUAGGAUUAAUACAUACUUUACUCCUCAAACGUGGACAAAAAUCCUUUACUUUUCUUCGUGUCUAUUUCCCAUAGCAAAAGCCCCACGAAAAUGCCAUGUGGCAUGUGCGUCGCUGCAUCACUUACCAGCCCAAGCAAAGCGUGCAAGGGUUAAAAAUCUGUCAAAAUCCCAUUUUUCAAAGAUUUUUCAGCUUGUUUUCUUCUUUUUAGAUGCUACCUCUUUUUUUACACUUUUUUUUUGGCCUUAUUGUAUAUUCUUUUCCUUUUCUUUAUUUUCUCUUUCCUUCUUUCUUUUUCUACUCCAAUAGUUCUUAUCCUCUGAACUCUCCGGUACGCCGUUGCUCCAGUAAGCAACCACUAUAGGGUGCACACUUUACUGUUAACCACAUGAGCUCAACCAUGUUGAACGCAGCAACUAGAGGUGCAUACUCUACUGUUAGCCACAUGAACUCAACUGCGGUCCAGUUAAGCAGAAGCUCUCUUGGUCACUUGAUUCCCAAGAUUUCUCAGAGGGAAGUUAGGAAGAAGGAACGAGAAAGCAGGGAAAAGAUACAAAAGAUAAGGAUAAUGAAAUAGAUCCUUUGUUUCUCAUGCAUAUUUUGCAUUCUUUUUGGUUUUAAAUCUGUUAAUGGGAAAAUGGGUUUGUUACCGGCAAAGUUUGUCGAGAAAAAGUGAUGGUAGAAGGCCCACAGGGUUAUGGGAAUGAAAAUAGAGAAAGAUUUCUACAGAGACUGCCAAGAUUUGGUCCAGCCAAAAUUUCAACCAAGAAAAGGGCAAUGGGAAAAGGGGGUUUUCGCCGGUAAAUUUGGCUUGGAAAAAUGGUGGAAAGCUAGCAAGGAUGGACCUUUUUUCAUUUUUUUUCCAUGACGUGUCAUGAGUGGUGCGUAUCAUGUACUUCCAAGAGGGAGUGGUCUUAUGUCAUCUAGGAGGGUCUUAGACAUGGAUUUUGCAGAAUUAAGAAGGAUGCCACGAAGAAAAGGUGUGUAAAUGGGAUUUCUGUGCAAACUGGAGGACUAAUGUAUGUAUUAAGCCUAACUCUGUGAUUUUCUUGUGGGAAACUAGGACUUUACCUUACUUAUAAAAGAAAAAAUUUCUUGAAUUUUCAUUUACCAAGGCUUAAAUAAUUGGAAUAUUUUUCUCUUUAAAUAUUUAAGUGAGAUAAGAUGACGAUUAUUUUAUUUUAUUAUUAAAUGUUAUAUCAGUCAUACUUUUGAAUCUGUAUAAAAAUGGUUUGAAAGGAAAUUGUUUUUCCUCCUUUUUCUGUGUGGUCAGCGGAGAUCAGCAUAAACCCAAAAGUAUGAAGAUGUAGAAGCCCACACAGAAAUGAUAGAUAUUUUGGAAAUAUAAGUUAAAUCAUUUAUUUUUUUUCGUUUUUUGGAUAACUGCAACAUAGAGAGAAGAUUAUGACCAGUCAUUGUUUCAUGUGUCAGAAAAAGACAAUAAAUAUCUUUUCUGCGUUGUACAGUGGACAGAAGUGUUGGAGAACUACACCACACUCAAUUUCGAGUUCAAAUUGAAAGCGAAAUGGUAGGAUGCCCUGAGGAUGAAUCUGAAGCCAUUCAGUGAGAUGCAUUGUCGGAGAUGUCUCUCUUCCUUCUUUUUCCCUUCGUCUUUGGUGCAUGAGAAUCUAUGUUGCUCAGAUGCGGGUACUCAAUACGAGUGCGGAUGGAGGUUGGAUUUUUCAUAACAUAAGUUUUUGGAUUUGGGGUUAUGGAUCUGAGUACAAAUACAGGUGCUGGGAUACUGUCAAUAAAUGUGCAUUGAAGCAUAUAUGAGUAUAUAAAUGAUUAGUAAACCUUAUUGAGCUAAAACUAAUAAAAUAUAAUUCUUAAUAAAUACGUAAUUUUUUAUUCAUAAGAUUUCUCGUGUAAUAGUAAUGCGUUCUCAUACUUUGUAUAACUAUCUACGUAUGAUAUAAACCCAAAACUCAAAUCAAGUAGAUGUAGUCAAAGCAUCCAAGGUAAGUUGACCAAAUCCAAUGUGGACCCCUCCUCCUCCACUCACACGCAAAUCGUGUUGGAUCGACAUGGGUGCGGAAGGGAUUUGAAGGGCCCGAGCAACAUAUGUGAGAAUGGAGAGUAACAGGAAUUUUUGAGGGCCCUUCCUAGGAGCUUCUUUGGAGGGUUUGUAGGCGUUUCUUAACGUUAGCUUUAACAUUACUACGAUGGGAUUAGACUAGAGAGCCUCUAUGGUUCUAUUUCCUUCUUAAUUCUCUUAUCUGGUAAUUUGGGAACGUAUUUUUUUGAUUGUUGGUAAUGUGGGGAUGUAUUGUCUUACCUUAUCACAUCUCUCUUUUCCAUAUCUAUCAAUAAAAUCCUUCCUCCAAGAACUAGCACUGUAAUCUGUUGUUAGUAAGGCUCCAAGUUAAUAAAUCGGCUAAGACCAUAAUAGUAUUAUGCUUUUGAUUUUUCAAUUGGCUUUUCAACUUCUAUGAACUCUACUGUUGUGUGGGCCUGACUUAGCUUAUUCUCUUGUUUUUGGCGAACUAUAAUGUCAAGCGCUUAUCCAGGAGCACACCCAUGAUUUUUUCUGGAGCUCAAUACUUGCUUGAUUGUGGAGACCUGGAGAAAUAUCAAGUAUCACUGUAAGUGGUGGAUCUUGAGGAAUUUCUACAACAAUGUGAGUGUCAAGAUAUAUCAUAAUAUCACCACGAGACGGCAGGGCCAAGAUAUUUUAUAUUGUCAUGGUCCAAGCAUGAAGUUGUUGAAGUCAUUCAUUCAGAGCCCUAGGUUUUAGCUCAAUCUUCACAAGAUGAACUGAGCAAGAGGGAUAACUGACCGAGAGGGAGGUUAAGGGGACUCUGUCCUGAAGACUGAGGGGACUAACAUGAAGUAGUGGUCAGUGACAUGAAAACAAGGCUCCUUUUUUUGAAUGGCAGUGGUGAAAAACUACUGGUUUGGUCCUUGAAGCAGCUAUUAGUUAAACAAAGAUUAUCGAGGACCACAGUUCAAAUUUCAGUGGAUUCAAAAAGCACUAGGUGAUUUCUUCCUAACUGUCUUAACCUUGUUGGAUAGAGUUAACGAAUACGGCGAGAGAUAGCAGGAACUCGGUGGUUAGUUGAGGACACCAGCUAUCAAGAAAAGUUACAGUGAGAUAUUGUUGGAAAAUUCCUUAGUAUAAUAAUUACGAUUUCAAUUUAGAUUUUUGGCCUAUUUGUAUAGGGUCGUUUUUUUUCUAAACUCAAGCUAUUAUGCUAUGAGGAUCUGAUUCAUCAAUGUACUUUAAAACAAAAGAAGCACGAAUCUGAUUUAUCAAUGUAAUUGCUCUGAUAUGGCCAAUAUUUAGUUGGCCGAGUGUGUUAGCUUCUGGUUUGAGGCUAUGCCAA